GUCGCGCUCCAGGGAAAAAGUUGCUGCCGACGUCAGCGGACCCGAGGCUCGAGGCCAACAAAGCCCACCCAAAGCCCACAGACGCCGCUACAGAACCGCCUUCCGUUUCUGCCCUCCCCUCUUCGUUCUCGCUCUCGCUCGCGGCGGCGGCGGCGCUCACUCUGCAAUCCGGAGGCUGAAGCCAUGGGGGAGAAGAGCGCGUGGUUUCAGCCGCGCGCGCCGCGUCCCUUCUGGCCUCGCUGUUGUUGAAGGCCCUCCGGAGCGCGGAUCGGUGGCGACGAGGAGGAGGAGCUCCUCACGGCACCGCCGACUCUGCGAGAUGGACAUCGUUUGUGAAGUGUGUGGUGUUGUUGGCUACAGGAAGCUUUUAGUACGAUGUGUCAACUGCGAGAACGCUGCGAGGCACCUAUAUUGUUUGGAUCCGGUAAUUUAUGAUGCCUCAUCAUUUGAAUGGUUGUGUGACGAUUGCCCCCAAAAACAUAAUGAAGUCCCAAAAUCAUUAGAGCGGAAUUGUGAUCAUAGUCACAAAGUUCCUCAGUGGAAGGGGUCAAGGAACGUGAUCGACGAACACAACAUGCUAUUUGAGGAAGGUUUUAACAAGGCAGGGGUGAGAAUGUUUUCGCAUCCCGAGAACAUGAAUGAUGUUCUCGAAACGAGGAGUGUUACAUGGUUCCAUGUUCCCGAUGACACUAGCUGUGAUGACCACUACUCUAUUCAAUUGGGUUCUAUAAUUAAUGAACCAAAUGUGAAUAGAGUAUUGGUGACGAAGGAACCCUUGUCGUGGGGGUGUUGUAGACAUAGGUCACACAAGGCAAGGUGUAGUACAUGGGGGUGUCGUAGACGUAGAUCACAGAAAGCAAGGAAAGGUAGUUCUGAUGCCUCCACUAAACAUUUUCUGAGUGCGGAUACAUUCAAUUCUUCUGAAAUGUUUGUCGUGAAAAAGUUAAAGCGCAAUGAUAUUUUAGAGGAAGGGGAAAGUAAAAAUGACCACUUAUUUUAUCGCCCAGAAAGUGCUGAUGGUUCAAGUCAUUCAGCUUCUGACCUUAUUGUAGAAAUACAAAAGACAGCGGGUGCUGUUGGACCUACUGUGAACACAAUGGAGUGUCUGGAACUCUCAAUGGAAAAAGAUAGCUGCUCCUUUUCACUGAGUUGUGUUGAAGGGUUCACUCAAGAAACAAAACCUGACUUACUUCCUUUAAUCAAUGAUGUUGAGAGAUCCUAUCCAUAUGUUACGGAUAGUUCUUGCCCUACGGUACCAAAUAUGGAGCAAAAAGAUGAUGUAUUGGAAAAUGCGGAACAACCUCAUCCUUCGGAGAUGGUUAAUCCUGAUGGUACAAGCCAUUCACCUGUGGGCCGUGCAUUAGAAAUCGAAGAACAAGGAGCGGAGGCUGGCUUAUGUGCUUCAGUUGAAGAUGUUGAGGAGCAAGUAGACGGUUCUACUCCUGCAUCAGAAAGUUGGGAGCAAUCUGUUCCUUUGAAGGUGGUUAUACUUGGACCAUGGCAUGAUGUGCCAGAUUGCAUCCUAAUAUCAAAGCCUCCUUCAAACUACUCGCAGUCAAUGCAAGGAUCAGAUCUAUAUGUUGGAAAUAUGGAUGUCUUGGAUCCUUCUAAGGAGUGGUUGGACUCAAGGUUAAAACUUGAUGAACAAGGAGCGGAGCAUAGCUUAUUUGCUUCAGUUGAAUAUGUUACCUGUCCCAAUUUUACUGAUAAAACUAGUCCUAUAUGGUCAAGUGAGGAGCAAGUAGAUGGUUCUAGUCCUAUGUCAGAAAGUUGGGAGCAACCUGAUCCGUUGGAGGUGGUUAGACCAUGGGAUGAUGCGCCAAAUAGUAUCCUAAGAUCGAAGCCUCCAUCAAACUACUCACAGCCAAUGCAAGGAUCAGAUCUAGAUGGGAAUAUGGAUGUCUUGGAUCCUUCCAAGGAGUGGAUGGACUCAAGGUUAAUGUCAAAUACUGUAGAGCCAUCAAGUUCUGCAAAUGGAGGAGGCACAUCUGUUGAGAAAGAAAAUACUGAAAAAACAGAAUGCUUGUCUGGCAUGAACACUGUCACCCCUGAACUGGAUAAUGUCCAGGGAUCAAAUCCCUCAGCAGAGCCCUCAAGUUCCUCAAAUGGAGAAGGAGCCUCAGCUGUUGAAAAACACAGUGCUGAAAUGACAGAAUGCUUCUUAGGCAUGGGAACUUUGACCCCUGCGCUGCAUAAUGUCCAGGCUUUAAACCCCUCGACACCAAAAGAAUGCUUGGUUUCUAACGCAGACAACUCAGAUCAAGCAAAUAGGUCAUAUGAGGUUCAUUGCAGUCACAAUGAUUUUAACGUAAGUUACUAUCCCAAUCCAGUGCUCAAGGGAAGAAUCUCCAAAAUGAUGUACCCAAGACAUUGGUUUCAACUGCCAAAAAUGUGGCUUGUAGGCAAAUGUCUCAAAUGGAAGAUGUCAUUGCCUUCCAAGCAUGUUAGUCCACGUAAGGCAAGAAAAAAGACCUUCAGAAAGCAAUAUAAAGGGCCAAACAGACAUAUUCCACAUCGUACUAAACAUCAGAAAACCAAGCUCAUUAUGAAGGACAGAAAUACAGAUCCUGCACAUAUGAGAAGUAGUAAGACAUCAAAGCAAUUUGAUCAUACUUGCUCAAGUGCUUCCUUGGGUUCAUCUCCAAAGACUAAGGAAGUAAAUGAUCCCAAUGACGCAAAACCAAGAUGUUCUAAAUCUGUAAGAACUUCUGAGAAUGUCAUGGCCAAGAAAAGAAAACGACCUAUUUUAUCAUGUGAUGAAGAUGCCGAGGCCAUGCAGAUGGAAGCGAGGAUGCACAGGAGGCACGUGGAAAGUGGUGUGAUGAAACAGCGAAGAUCCGCAGAAAAUUCUGAGGAAGCGAUGUCUCCAGGAAAUUCAAAUAAUCAACUUGCCAAUGAUCAUAUGAAGGCAAGGAAGCCGAGAAGGGCCAACAAAGAGAAAAAAGCACCUGUAGUGAAUGCUAGUGUUCCAUGCACACAGAAUGAUGCUGCACGGUUAGCAUCAGAUCAGCAAAGCUUUAUUUGCACGCGACCCAUUGAUAGACCUUACUGGACUGGAAUCAUGAAGAUAGGCCAGGAGUAUAUUUCAUUGACUGCACACCUGUCAAAUCAAGCAUGCAAGGAGGUGCAGGAAUUAUCACUAUCAUUACCAGCACUAAUGAAAGUAACAAAGCAUUCAAAGUUGAAAGCCUGGCCAGGGAGGUGGAAGGCAUCAGAACCCACUGCUGAAUGCAUUGGCUUGUAUUUCUUCUCAGAUAAUAUGAGGGAACUAGAUCAACUAGUGCAUUAUCUCGCUGAUCAUAGCUUAGUACUAAAAUAUGUCGUUGGGUUUGCCAAGCUGCUGAUCUUCCCUUCUGUUUUCCUACCAGAGCAAUGUCAAACGUUCCAAGGGAAACACUAUCUGUGGGGAGUGUUCAAGCGCAGGAUGGACGAUGAGGUCGGAGCACUUCAUUUGGGAGCUGGAAGAUGAAGGUGCAUUGGUGGUUUCUCUGAACUUGUGAAAGGGUUAGGCCCGUCCUGUAAUGAUCACGGCCUGAAGCAAUGAUGUAGUAGCAAGUAGGAUCAGAAUUCAGAACUAACCAGCGACAAUCACGCCCCAGCUUCUGAAGCGUAGCUGUAACCUUGAUGUUCAGGACUGAGCUAGAUUGUCUUCUGAAGACUUUCCUGUUCCUGCAACCCUAACCUAAGAUGUAUCAUGCAUCGAGUUGUGUUGCUAAAGAAUUAUGUUUGGACACUAAGUCUACUAUGAAAGGCCUAGCUAAAAAAUUAUGUUUGUGUGUGCUUAACUUCUGUUUGCGUUGUGUUUUUAAGCUCUACUACAUGCAUCUUACCUGCUCUAAUAGAUUUUCUGCUCCAGAGAUACAGUUGUAUAAGAUGUAAAUCUACAUGCUUUCUGCAAUGGUUUUAAACUCCAA